AUCCCAUCGGAACCGGUCGCCUUGCCCACCGCCAACUUCCCCAUCGUAUUAACGAUCGUCUCCUCGGUGAUGGAAAUAUCCUCGAUGCGCGCCGAGGAUAUUUCCAUCCUCCUCCGAAGUCGGUGCCGAGUCGGAUACCACAGUAAAAACGGAAGCGAAGAACUUGUUAGAUGCGGUGAAGCCUUCGAGGGUGAAGUGAUUGGAAAGACUUGUCCUCCUGACCAGCAUGGAAACCAGCUUUGGAACUGCACCGAAAAUGGAUUAGAAUUGGCCUUAGACUCUUGUCGUUCUUUAAGUGAUUUGAUUGACUAUCUUCUUGGUGCGCUGGACAGUUCAAAUUCUCUGGACUUACUUUCAAAUUUGAACACGGCCGUAGAAGACCAAGAAGAAUUUUCUGGGGAGGAGAUCGAACAUAUUGUUGACUCCCUUGGACAGUUCUUUGAUUUCUUUCUCGAUGGCUUGGACGAAGGUGACAUGGAUAUUGAGAAUUCCAAGAUGUUUCUAAGGAACUUCACCUCGCUCACCCAUCAAAUCCUUAGUGCUGCCGGAGGAUGGAUGAACCUUUCCAUCACUGUGGGUGUAAGAGGAGUGACCAACCUAUACAUCAAAGAGAACAUCCGCUACGAGUGUGAACUAAGAAUAUUCACUAAGAACUACGAGAGUGAACUUUACAGGAUAACGGUUGCGAGGCUUGCUCGGGCAGACUCUUCCGAAUCCGACCCGAUCGGCCCGAAUCGAGUCGUGGUCCUACCCGAUUACUCGACUCGAAAUUCGAUCGCCAAACCGAGUUUUGUGGAUCCUACCCGCGGGUCUGGUCGGGCCGAUCGGGUCGGCCCGCAGCCCGCUUACGCCCCUAAGCAACGGAACUCCGUGUCUCUGGGUUCGUAUUCUUUCGGAGCGGCUCUACCGGCUCUGCUGAGGCUUCUACCUGACGUCCCAUGA